GGAGGGGUGAGCUUGUGCGAUCCGUAUCGUUUAGCUGUCCCGGUUCGGCGUUUGGCUUCGUUUGGGCUUUGUUUAAUUUAAGAGCGAAAUUUCAACCAUUCAAGUGUGUUUCGUGUGUCUGUGUUCGUAAUAUUUAAAAAAAUAAAACAACUUUUGAUGAACGAGAAAAGAGAAUAAAAAGUCUCCAAAAUCAAAAUUUGGUUAAUCAACAUUUGUGUGGCAGUUGUAGUAUGAGUGGAUCUCGAAGCCAAACAAAAGUCUUGAACGCUGCUAAAACAUCACUGCCGGUUCCAAAUUAUGGUAGCUUCAAUCAAAGUGGUGUUAAAAUCAACACAAGCACACCGAGAAAAGAUGGCCCCAGUAGAAAAUGUUAUGGCUCUAAAAGGCAACGCCGUUCUUAUACUACUCGUGAAAGUUUCGGUUUACCUGACGAAAAUAUUUGUACAAAUAGUCCUGUUUUCCUUGGAAUGGACACCUCAGCUCUAGAUACUGACAAGGGUAAACCGCAGGACUUUACUAUAUGUACAAAUAUUACUGAUUACUCCUAUUGGGAGAAUGACAGUCUUCAACCUUUUGAAGAUGAAAUUAGAGAUAAAAUCAAACCAGAUAACAUUAAAUUGGCAGAAGAUAAAGAACUGGAUAUCAUAUCAGACUCAGUAUUAGAGAAGACAAAUCUAGCUUUGAAAAUAGACAGUUUACCUAAUAAAAAUAAAAAUACUUAUAGCAAGUUACCCAUUGAAAAGUUCCAAAUAAUGGAUUCAACUGGAAGCCAAACUCAAAUUUCACUUAAUGAUAAUGACGAAAGCACACAUAGUAGUCUCCCAAACAUUUAUUCUGAUAUGGAACAUAACAAUACAUUCCCAGAAUGUCUUAAAGAAAAAAGCAGUAUUUCUAGUGAAUUAGUAGGUGAAGAAACUUGUUAUUCAUUCCAAAGACAGCUAAGACCAAGAAAUAAUUUAAGUUACCCUAAAAAACGCCAAACAUACAACUCCUUAGAAUUUAGCUUUCCUGAGAAAGUUGAGAUAAAGCUUGAAUCAGAUGCUGCCGAGGAUUCUGCUGACACUAAAGCAAAUGGUGCUUUGGCAAUUUUGAAUCGAGCUUCCGAUUCAGUUUCUGAGGAUGUGGAAUCUUCACGAAUGUCUACAAGCUCUUCAAUCAGGCCAAUUAGUCCUAAUGAUGAUUUGGAUGUUAUCCCAUUAAGCAUUCGGUUCAGCAUAGAUCCUAAACCAUCGGAUGUAUCAGUAAGCUUUGAACCAUGUAACACUUCAACCACGGAAGAGCCACAAAUCAAAAUGGAAAAAAAAAUCUAUAGCAUUGGUGAUUUGGUGUGGGCUAAAUUGAACAGAUAUCCAUACUGGCCGGCUGUGAUUUGCAAGGAACCUGACACUGAUGCAUUUGUUAAAGAUGGUACAAAAAAAAACAGCAAACCCCAUAAACUAUAUCAUGUAAGAUUUUUUGGGGACUCCGGCAGACGGUGUUGGAUCAAAGAGGGAGUUAUCAUGCUGUACAAUUCCAAAAACGAUUUAGAAAUGAUUGUAAAAAAACUGGAGUCAGAGAGUCAACGUCAUUUCAUUAUCAAAGACUAUCUAAUUCAAGGGACACCUAAAAUUAUGAACCAAUGGAAGAAUGCCGUUGAAGAAAUUGAAUCACAUAGGCAUAAAUCGUUCGAAGAAAUACUUCAAUUUUUAUUGAACAGUAUGCCUAGUCCUCGUAAACGAAAAUUAAGUGAAAUAAUGGCUGGAUGUGAAAUUAACCUGGACGGAAUUAUCGAGAAGCGUUAUAAAAAAAUGUCAUCUUCCGACAAAGAAGACCCCAAAGAUUCCGAAAAAGACAUAAGUGUUCAAGAACCAAGUACCUCUGCCGCUUAUAAAACCCCAAAACCUGCCAAAGUAGAAGAAAAUAUCUUCAUUGAUGAUGCAACUGAUCCAAAUGUCUAUACUUAUGAAUAUCAAUUGUCACUACAUAAAAAGAAUGCUCUAUUCAAUGGAUUAACAAGAGUUAAGGUUUGCGAUUUUUGUUUUAAAACGGGCAACAUAUUUAAAUGCAAAGGACGUUGUGGAGGACGUUAUCAUUUCGAUUGCGCCGCUAAGGUGACUCAGCCUCGCUACCGAGCAACGCCUGAAAAUCAAAAAAAGAACAACUCUGCUGAGCUACUGUCAACAUCCAGCAACAAUCAGGACUCUCCUCAGACAAGAAGUCGAACUCGUUGCCAAGUUUCGGCUGUUCAAUCAACACCUGAUACAAAUGUGCCAUUGGAUAACCCUGUUGAGGCUAGUUUGCCCGAAAACGAUCUUAGCAUAAACUUGGAGAAACAAAUUGAUUCUAACAUGCAGAAUGUGAUGAAACAAAUUGACUCUAAUACAUACUACUGGGACAGUUCUGAAGAAAGCUCUGAAGAAAAUUCAUCAGAUGAAUCUGAUAUUUCGGGAACACUACCAGAUAUUGCCUUAAAGGACAACACUAACAGCGAAGAGACAAAUUCAGAUAAUUCAACUGAGCCUAAAAAAAUUGAACAUGUAACAGCAGAUGUAGUUGAAUACACCAACAUCGACCAGGUGACUGCUAACAUGAAAUGUACCUAUUGUCUCUUGGCAAAGGACCCUCCAUGUUAUGUUUGUGGUUCAGAGAUGACCGAUAAAGGUGAGACAGUUCGCCAAAAAUGCUGCCAAUCACGUUGCUAUUUAUACUAUCAUGACUCGUGUCUGAACAAUUGGCCUCAAACUCUGUGGCCUGGAGUAAAAUGGUCUAAAUCUAAACAACCAGAAGAUUUGUUUUGUUGUCCAGUUCAUACUUGCCACACCUGUUAUGCUGAAGAACUGGGAAAUGUUGGAUCUCCUAGUCCUUAUCCAAGGGUCCCCAUGGAUAAAUUGGCAAGAUGUCUCCUAUGUCCAGCCGCUUUUCACACUUCUAUAUAUUGUAUUCCAGCUGGUUCUGAAGUACUAGGUGGUUCUCAAAUAAUUUGUCCAAGACACAGAGAGCCACCUAUUGAACCAAUCAACACAUAUUGGUGCUUUAUAUGUUCCAAAGGUGGAAACUUGGUUUGUUGCGAAACUUGCCCUACUAGUGUUCAUCAUACCGAUUGUCAACCAAUCAUAUAUACUCAUGAUGGCAGAUACAUUUGUGAAGAUUGCGAGUCUGGUAGAUUUCCCCUGUACGAUGAAAUUGUUUGGGUGAAAUUACACCAAUUCCGUUGGUGGCCCGCCACCAUAAUAUUCCCUAACGAAAUUCCGCAAAAUUUAUCAAAAAAGCUCCAUAGGGGCGAUUUUGUAGUCCGAUUUUUUGGUACCAACAAAUAUUAUCCCAUGAAUAAGGCGAGAGCGUUUUUAUUCGCAGAAGGCGAUGCUGCUGGCAGUUGCAGAGAAACAACCAGCUCAAAAAAUAAAGUAAACGAAUAUUACGAGAAAGCAAUAGAAGAUGCAACUACAGCUUAUAUGCUUAAACAAGAUUUCAAAGUGAGACGAGAAGCCGAAUUGAUUCGUACAGACAAACCUCCAACAUACUGUAAAAUAAAUAAAAACAAACGGGUUGGAAAUGCCAGGGAUCCAGAGCUUGAUCUAAGCAAUAGCACGCCAUGUGAUUGUGACCCUAGUAAACCACAUCCUUGUGGGCCUGAUAGCAAUUGCAUUAAUAGACAUUUAUUGACAGAAUGCAACCCUCGCAUGUGCCAAGCAGGAGUAAAAUGUGAAAACAAAUCUUUCCAAAGACGAGAAUAUCCAUCUAUGGUUCCCUUUAAAACUCGGGGGCUUGGUUGGGGCUUAAAAACUCUAGAACCAAUCAAGAAAGGUCAAUUCGUUAUUGAGUAUGUUGGAGAAAUCAUCAGUACAGAGGAAUAUCAACGAAGAAUGAAAAACAUGGUUGAAAAAAAGGAAGAAAACUACUACUUUAUGUUUUUAGACGCAGAUAGUAUGAUUGACGCAGGUCCCAAAGGCAAUCUAUCCAGAUUCAUGAAUCAUUGUUGUGAUCCCAAUUGCAUCACUCAAAAAUGGACCGUUAAUGGGGAGACUCGAGUGGGCCUUUUUGCUAAGUGCGAUAUAGAAAGUGAAGCUGAGUUGACGUUCAACUAUAAUUGGGUGGCACAAGACAAAAAGGUGUGCAAGUGUGGUGCUUCAAGUUGUACCGGAUUUAUUGGUGUGAAAAACAAACAAGAAAAUAUCACCGCAAUUUCCACUGAACCACGGAAGUACCGGAAAAGCAGUAAAAAACCAGAUAGCCUACCAGUACCACCUUGCUUCAAAUGUGGCGAAUUGAACUCGGAUAUAACGUGUAAUAACAAAACUUGCAGUAAAGGCUAUCAUUUGAAUUGCCUGAACUCGACGUUGACAGAUGCCUCCAAAUUCACGUGUCCUCGCCAUUACUGCAACAUUUGUUCACAUAGAGCGGCAAGAUGCUGUGAAAAAUGCACAAAUUCAUUUUGUUCCAGUCAUUCGGAGGGCAACAUAAGAUAUGACAGAUUAUUAAAAUUCCUAUGUAAAUUACAUGAUCUCGGUGAAUCUUCAACUGAUACGUUGUCAUCGAAAAUUCUCAAAGAAAUUCCUAAACAAGCUCCAUCCGAGCCUGACAACCUGAAAAUAAUUGAUAAAGAAACAAUAAGGUCAGCAAGGGAACAACAACGAAUACAACGACUGAUGACAGAUCCAGAAAAACUUUUAACUAAAACCGCUAAAAACAAACUCACACAACAUGAAAAAUCUUUAAAUGAAGAAGAACAAGAUACUUUGUGCUUGAAAUAUCGUUUGUUUUCAAGACGGCAUUUGAAAAGAAAAGCUCAAAGUUUAUCGAAUGUCCCAGGCACUAGUGUUCCACCCAAUUCUGCUGUUGAUAAAAUAUCUGAGAGUAAGACAUUUAAACCAGUAAGAGCACGAAAAUCAAAGCUGGAUUCUACGAAUGAAAAACCGAUUGUGUCUUCUUCCUCAUCUGACGAGGAUGCAGUUAAUUCAUCCUUAGUAAUCAAUAAUAAGGAUAAAGAAAAUCUUUGUAUGGAUGAUGAUGAUGAAAUAAGUUUAGAAUAUCGUUUGGCCAAAAAGUUGAGCAACAAAAAAAACUAAACAAAAAAAAUAACUGCCAAACUACAUUAGGUAUUUAUGUUCUUAUUUUGAAUUACUUUUUCUUUGUUGUAAACAUAUUUUCGUAUCUAGUAACCAAAUUAAGUUAAUUAUGUUUAUUUUGUUCUGUCGCACUUACAAUAAUUGUAUUAAUGUAAUGUGAGUUAUAGGAUUUGUUUGUGAUAAAAACCUUAAUUUUUCCUCAAUAACGUUUUGCGCAUCUAUCUGCACUUAUAAUAACUUAACACAAUAAAGAAGUAUUUAAAUAAGUCUCUUGAAGAGACUAGGUUUAUUGCUAAGUUUAGUCCUAAAAGGUACAAACCUACAAAAAAAAAUCUACUUUUGCCAACCUCCUGACCAGACUCAAUAUGUCGACAAAGGCGGAUGAUGAGAAUGAUCUAAUUGUCAGGGGUGAACAAGACCAAACAUGAAUCGUUUGCACAUAACACAAGUCUAUCCUGAAAUCCACUACUACAGUUUGCAGACCUCCAGGAAGACCUGUACACCAGCAAAGAUCCAAUGUCUUGGAAAAUCCCAUUAAUGACCUCAAGUGCACAGUUGCACAGUUCUACAUAUCGGCCGGAAUAACCCUGAACAUGAUUACCUCUUCCAUUAAACGUCAAUCAAAAAAGUUUUGUGUCACAGAGACCUGUUUCUUGCAAAGAGUUUCAUGAAACUUAUUUCACCAGUGUUCAAAAUGUAAUUUUUUUCUUUUCUGCUAAGUCCUAUAAGCCAUGUUGAAUCGAUACAAAGUGUUUUCUGUUUGACUGCGAAGUAUUGUUCCGUUAUUGCGUACCUUUCGUUUUUUACAAAUCUUUUGUUUUUUUGUAUAGGUACAUUUUCUUGUUCAUAUACAUUUUCCGUUUAUGAAAUAAAAAUAGUUGAAUAAAUAA